AUGUUUGUAAAUCCAAAGAAUCCUCAUGCUGAAUUAUGGGAUGGUCCUAGAACUGGUACUGAAGGUGUUAAAGAAAUGUUUGGUGCAGAUGAGGCAUAUGAUAAUUCAAGAUUCAAAUCUUUCCUUCAUGAAGCAUUGACAGCCAAACAUCUAUUUGUGGAUAAACCUAAUGGAUUUCCAUCUCUACUUUCUAAUGAAUAUGGCAAAGAACUUAUUACAACCGGAUUAAAGAUGAAAACGAUCAAGCCAUUAUCAACAUUAAUCCAACAACUUCGAUUAAUCAAAAGUGAUUAUGAAAUCGAAUUAAUGAAGGAAUCCGGCAAAAUCAGCAGUAAAGCAUUUGUUGAAUCGAUGAGAUGGACUCAACCAGGCUAUUCUGAGGCACAACUUUGGGCAAAAUUGGAAUAUGAAUGUCGUAUGCGAGGGUCAAGUAUGUUAGCCUAUGUUCCUGUAGUGGCAAGUGGUCCCAAUGCUUUAUCUAUGCAUUAUGUACGAAAUGAUAUGAGGAUGGAGGAUGGUCAACUGGUACUUGUCGAUGCUGGUGGUGAAUAUAAUGGAUAUGCAAGUGAUAUUACUCGAACAUGGCCUGUCAAUGGUACCUUUACUGAACCUCAACGUGAAUUAUACCAAGUGGUACUGAAUGUCAACAAGGCUUGUAUCAAGUUAUGUACCGAAGCUUCCAACUUGUCCCUGAAUGAUGUUCAUCAUGAAUCUGUCAAAUAUAUGAAACAAGAACUUCAAAAUAUUGGAUUUGGAACCAAUACUUGGGAAUUAGAACGUACUUUAUAUCCUCAUCAUGUUGGUCAUUAUCUUGGAUUGGACGUACAUGAUGUUUAUGAUAUGACGCGUGCCAAGAAACUUCGUAAAAACAUGGUGGUGACAAUUGAACCUGGACUUUAUGUACCUUUUGAUGAUCGAUUCCCCAAACAUUAUCAAGGCAUUGGUAUCCGGAUUGAAGAUAACGUGGUCAUUGGUGCCUCGGAACCCUAUGUCCUUACUGCAAAUGCUCCCAAAGAAAUCAUAGAUAUAGAACAUUUAUGCACUGAUAAAUAA